CCAUCUUCCUCUCCACCUCCGUGUACCUUUCUUAUAUAUACGGGCAGCCAGCGCGAGCUCGGCUGCACACGGCACACCCAUCCACUCACGCUACGAGGCAGCUGCUUCUGGCGGCGACGCGAGCUGAGCGAUCCUGACGGACGAACCAGCAGCCAGCUCCAGUGUCCACCAGCGAGAGCGUCCAGAUGGCAAAUAUGGGCGAUGGUGGCGCUAGCAGGAGGCGCCCGUCGCCGGAGCCGCUCCGACUCCCGCGGCCGCCCGCCAUCGUUGACGGUGGUCGCGCUUCCGGUUCUCCCGUGGCGGUUGCUGCCGAGGCGACGAAGGCCCCGUACUCAGUCGCCUUCAGCGUGCCGGCGUCGCCGUCGGGGCUGCACCUCGCCGCGUGCGCGUCCGUCCACAGCGUGGCGCCGCCGCCACUGCCAGUGCCACAGCCGGUGGAGGACCAGCACCACCAGGCGGAGGCCGCGCCGCAGCUGCUGAACCACUCGCAGCAGGCGCUGACGAUCCGGACCGACGAGCCGCCACCGCUGCAGCGGGUGCGAACCGUGUCGCGCAGCGACAGCGCGCGCGACCGCCGCUUCGACCACUUCAAGACCUUCUCCGGCCGCCUGGAGCGGCAGCUGUCCAACCUCCGCGGGGUGGCCGUGGACAUCGAGCCCGGCCCCGGCGGCGCCGACUCCACCUCAAAUAAGAUGAUAUCCGAGGAGGAGACCGACGAAGACGACGACGGCGGCGAGGUCCCCACCGCGGACCGCUACUUCGCCGCCCUGGAGGGGCCCGAGCUAGAGACGCUGAGACCGACAGAGGUGUCGGCGCUGCCCGAGGACGAGACGUGGCCGUUCCUGCUACGGUUCCCGAUCAACGCGUUCGGGAUGUGCCUGGGCGUGAGCAGCCAGGCCAUGCUGUGGAAGACGCUGCAGUCGGAGCCGUCCACAGCGUUCCUCCACGUGAGCCCUGCCGUGAACCACGCGCUCUGGUGGGUCUCCGCCGCGCUCAUGGCGCUCGUCUCCUUCAUCUACCUCCUCAAGAUCGUCUUCUACUUCGAGGCGGUCCGGCGCGAGUUCCAUCACCCGAUCCGCGUCAACUUCUUCUUCGCGCCGUGGAUCGCCUGCCUCUUCCUUGUCAAGGGCCUGCCGCAUCCUGUGUGGACCAUCCACCACGCCGUCUGGUACAUUCUCAUGGUGCCCAUCUUCCUCCUGGACCUCAAGAUCUACGGCCAGUGGAUGUCCGGCGGCGACCGCCGGCUGUCCAAGGUGGCCACCCCGACCAACCACCUCGCCGUCGUCGGCAACUUCGUGGGAGCGCUGCUGGGCGCCAAUAUGGGGCUCCGCGAGGUGCCCAUCUUCUUCUUCGCCGUCGGGGUGGUGCACUACCUGGUGCUGUUCGUGACGCUGUACCAGAGGCUCCCCACCAACGCGCAGCUCCCCAGGGAGCUCCACCCGGUCUUCUUCCUCUUCAUCGCCGCGCCCAGCGUCGCGUCCGUCGGAUGGGCAAGGCUGUGCGGCGACUUCAACUACGCCGCCAAGAUCUUCUACUUCACCUCCCUCUUCCUCUCCAUGUCACUGGUGGUGCGUCUCAACUUGUUCCGGGGCGUCCGCUUCUCGCUCGCGUGGUGGGCGUACACGUUCCCGAUGACGAGCGUGGCCAUCGCGGCGGCGGUGUACGCGUCGGCGGUGACCAACGUGCUCACCCGGGCGCUGGCCGUGGGGCUGUCCGGGGUGGCAACCGUCACAGUCGUCGGCGUGCUGAUGACCACCGUCUACCGCGCGUUCGUGCGCAAAGACCUUUUCCCCAACGACGUGUCCAUCGCCAUCACUCAGCGUCCCAAGGCUAAGUUCGGAAAGAUCCUCGCGCACAUCCGCGCCUCCGGCGACGGCGUCAAGGACCUCGUCCUCGCCGUCUCCAGGCACGGCGGCUCCUCCGGAUCCGACACCAACAGCGCCAGCGAGUCGCCGUCGCCCAUGGCGCGUGGCCGCCGCAGGGCAGAGCCGUAGGCCACCGCACCGUCCAUCUCCAAACAAUUCUUAUAUCUAGGUGUCUCUGCAGGCUUCAGCUAGACGGCAGCAGAGAUAUGAGUCACUGCAUCUGCACUACUUUGUAGAGGUACCUAUGUGUCCUUGGAGUGAUUGCCAUGACGACAAGGAUGCAAUCGCGGGAUGACACCUAGAUCAGUUUCUUCUCUUUUUUUUCCCUUUGUUCUUGUUGUUGAAUUAUAUAUCUUGGCAACUUAUAUACAUAUUAUAGUAUAUAUAUAGGAAGGAUAAUAGGCUGUGAAUCUUUGUAUGUUCUGAACCAUGACUGAUUUUAUCUCUAUACUAUUAUCAUCCGCUGAGGUCUUUGAGAAUC